GGAGUCUUUCUUGUAACCAAUAGGCGUUUAGCAUGAUUACGAGGGCGUUACUUGCUGCGGGGGCGGGUGACGUGAGGCUGGAGCGCAGGCCUCCCUUCCUUUUCUGGGCGGCAGCGAGCGAGGCAGCACUAUGAAGGCGUCGGGCACCCUGAGGGAGUACAAAGUUGUUGGACGAUGUCUUCCUACUCCUAAAUGUCCAACACCACCCCUCUAUCGGAUGCGUAUCUUUGCUCCUAAUCAUGUUGUUGCCAAGUCCCGUUUCUGGUACUUUGUGUCUCAGCUGAAAAAGAUGAAGAAGUCUUCUGGAGAAAUUGUGUACUGUGGACAGGUAUUUGAAAAGUCCCCUUUGCGGGUGAAAAACUUCGGUAUCUGGCUACGCUAUGAUUCUCGUAGUGGAACCCACAACAUGUACAGGGAAUACAGGGACUUGACAACUGCUGGUGCUGUUACACAGUGCUACCGUGAUAUGGGUGCCCGCCAUCGUGCCCGUGCUCACUCUAUUCAGAUCAUGAAGGUUGAGGAGAUUGCUGCUAGCAAGUGCCGUAGACCUGCAGUCAAGCAAUUCCAUGAUUCAAAAAUCAAGUUCCCUCUGCCACACAGAGUUCUGCGUCGUCAGCACAAACCACGUUUCACCACCAAGAGACCAAAUACAUUCUUCUAAAUGCAAGAACAUUGUUUGCUCUGUGUUACAAUAAAAUUCUUAUUGGAAA